AUGACUGAAUCUGCCUCUAGUACAAGUGGUCAAGAGUUUGAUGUAUUCAGUGUUAUGGACUGGAAAGAUGGAGUAGGCACGUUACCAGGAAGUGAUUUAAAGUUUCGAGUAAAUGAGUUUGGAGCCCUGGAAGUGAUUACAGAUGAGAGUGAGAUGGAAAAUGUUAAAAAAGCAACUGCCACCACCACUUGGAUGGUGCCAACUGCUCAAGAAGCCCCGACCUCUCCCCCGAGUUCCAGGCCCGUAUUUCCACCUGCCUACUGGACAUCUCCACCUGGAUGUCCCACAGUCUUUUCAGAGAAGACUGGGAUGCCUUUCAGGUUGAAGGAUCCAGUGAAAGUAGAAGGGCUUCAGUUCUGUGAGAACUGUUGUCAGUAUGGCAACGUAGAUGAGUGUCUUUCUGGAGGAAACUAUUGCAGCCAGAAUUGUGCUCGGCAUCUCAAGGACAAAGAUCAGAAAGAAGAAAGGGACAUAGGAGAAGACAAUGAAGAAGAAGAUCCUAAGUGUAGUCGGAAGAAAAAGCCAAAAUUAUCUUUGAAGGCUGACCCCAAGGAGGAUGGCGAAGAGAGAGAUGAUGAAAUGGAGAACAAACAAGAUGGGAGAAUCCUGAGAGGUUCACAAAGAGCCCGAAGGAAAAGACGGGGUGAUCCGGCUGUAUUAAAGCAGGGUUUGCCUGCUAAAGGAAAGAAAGCCUGGUGCUGGGCAUCCUACCUGGAGGAGGAAAAAGCUGUUGCCGUGCCAACAAAGCUGUUCAAAGAGUAUCAGUCCUUUCCAUAUAACAAAAAUGGGUUCAAGGUCGGCAUGAAACUAGAAGGUGUGGACCCCGAGCAUCAGUCUGUAUACUGUGUUCUCACAGUGGCUGAGGUUUGUGGGUACCGCAUAAAACUGCAUUUUGAUGGGCAUUCUGAUUGUUAUGACUUCUGGGUAAAUGCAGAUGCUUUGGAUAUUCACCCAGUUGGGUGGUGUGAGAAAACUGGCCAUAAACUUCAUGCACCAAAAGGAUAUAAAGAAGAAGAAUUUAAUUGGCAGACCUAUCUCAAAACAUGCAAAGCUCAAGCUGCUCCCAAGUCGUUAUUUGAAAACCAGAAUAUAACAGUGAUCCCAUCAGGCUUUCGAGUUGGAAUGAAGCUUGAAGCUGUAGACAAAAAGAACCCUGCAUUCAUCUGUGUUGCUACAGUAACAGAUAUGGUGGACAAUCGUUUCCUCGUGCAUUUUGACAACUGGGAUGAGAGCUAUGACUAUUGGUGUGAAGCAUCUAGUCCACACAUCCAUCCAGUUGGUUGGUGUAAAGAACACAGAAGAACCCUCAUUACUCCACCAGGUUACCCAAAUGUGAAACAUUUUUCUUGGGAUAAAUACUUAGAAGAAACCAAUUCUCUACCUGCUCCUGCAAGAGCAUUCAAAGUGAAACCUCCACAUGGAUUCCAGAAAAAAAUGAGGCUUGAAGUCGUAGACAAAAGAAAUCCCAUGUUUAUUAGAGUAGCAACUGUUGCAGACACGGAUGAUCACCGGAUAAAAGUUCACUUUGAUGGCUGGAAUAGUUGCUAUGACUACUGGAUAGAUGCAGAUUCUCCUGAUAUUCACCCCGUGGGCUGGUGUUCCAAAACUGGACAUCCUCUUCAGCCUCCUCUGAGCCCCUUAGAAUUAAUGGAAGCUUCCGAACACAGUGGCUGCUCAACACCAGGAUGUAAAGGGAUUGGCCAUUUUAAGAGAGCAAGGCAUCUGGGCCCUCACAGUGCUGCCAACUGUCCCUAUUCAGAAAUCAAUUUGAAUAAAGACCGUAUUUUCCCAGACCGAUUAAGUGGUGAGAUGCCUCCAGCUAGUCCAUCAUUUCCAAGAAAUAAAAGGACGGACACAAAUGAAAGCUCUUCAUCUCCUGAAACCAAAUACCAGCAUGAAGAAGAUGUCCCUGUCAAAGAAAACACUGAAGAGAGAACUGAAGGUGAAAUGAGGACAUCACAUGAAGCCAGAGGUACCCGAGAAGAACCAACUGUACAACAGGCACAGCGCCGGUCAGCUGUCUUUCUUUCCUUUAAGUCCCCAAUUCCAUGUCUGCCCUUGCGCUGGGAGCAGCAAAGCAAACUUCUUCCAACCGUAGCUGGCAUCCCUGCAAGUAAAGUUUCCAAAUGGAGCACAGAUGAGGUGUCAGAAUUCAUACAGAGCUUACCUGGGUGUGAAGAACAUGGAAAAGUAUUUAAAGAUGAACAAAUUGAUGGAGAAGCAUUUCUGCUUAUGACCCAAACGGACAUUGUUAAAAUUAUGAGCAUUAAGCUGGGUCCUGCUCUCAAAAUUUUCAAUUCUAUCCUGAUGUUCAAAGCUGCAGAAAAGAACUCUUACAAUGAACUUUGA